AUUAUUCAAGAGCGCCCGUCUGCGUCCCCAGGCCACGAAACGCGACGAGUGCAGCGCUGCUUCAGCCCUCGCUGCCCUGCAUAUCGUCCCGACCGCUGCGCGAGGGUGCUGAAUCCGACACAUAAUAGAGCAGUGAAUGCGCGCCCGCCCGCCACAGCGCCGCUCGACUCGGCAAACCCGCGACCGCAGCAGCGACCCGCAUAUCGCCCUCUUUCACGUCACCGCCGCAAUUCACGGCCUUCGCACGCCUUCGACUGCCCCGCAGACGCCGUUUCAGCAUUCUGGGAGGGCUGGCUCACGACUCGCACUCCACGCCCACCGGGGCACGUCGAGAGAAAGGGCGCUCAAUACCGGGCGGCUGCUAUUAACGGCGCGCUGUCACGCCUCCGGCACAACGCAUAGAAACGCAUAGCGAUGCCUCCCAGCACGUCGCAGGAUGGACGCAAAUCAUCCACAGGCAAAUUCUUCGGCCGCCGCCUGCACAAGGACCGGCCCAGCAAUGAAACCCACCUCUCGACUCAGAGCCCCCCCGGCAGCGCGCCCGGCUCGCAGUCAUCACGACACUCCCACAGACACUCCAACUCGGCCGCAUCGAUAGAACGCCCCGUUUCUAUGGGACUGGAGCCGGGGCUGGCUAUGCAGGCGGGCGUAUACUCUUCGAUACCCUACGAACAGACCGCCGAAGGACGCUCCCCGCAGCACGGCGACGAGCGGAGCACACGCCACGGCGAACCGCUGCCGCAUCAUUUAAACAAAGGCGGAGGAGACUUCCACCAGUACCCCAUCUUCGACCCCUCGAAGAUGCAGCAGAAUGGCUAUGCGAACCCCGGGCCGCCCCCGCGCCCGCCGCCACACGGCACUGGGACAGCCAUGGCCUCGAGCCAGCCGGGCGACCGCGGCGUGUCGAUGCAGCAAUGGGGAUCGGGUCGGGGCAGCAAUGGGUUCACUUCGUACGCCGGAACAGAUUCCUCGACAAACACGCGCACGUCCUCGGACCAGGCGAGCGUCUACUCAAAUGACUCCAAGACACGCGCCUCCAAUGCCUUCUACCCGCAGAACCCGUCACAAUCGACCUUCUCCUCCAUCGGGCUUGAUCCGGGGAGCCUUCUUCCCACCGCAAUGUCUACCCCGCGCGACUCGCAUCGGCACCUUCUGCAUUCGAACCAGCCCUCCGCUUUCUCCUCCACCUCCUCGUUUGGCCAGAACGGCUUCAGCAUACAAAGACCGCCGGAUCAUGUUGUGGAGCAGGAGUUUAUGAACCUGAUGGUGAAGAGAGGGUGGAAGAGCCUACCGGAGCAGGCGCGGCGGCAGAUGGAGGCGUACAAGAUUGACAAGAAGUGGACGCUGGUGUAUCAGGAUAAACUAGCGGAAUUCAAGCAUGACGAGAAGAAGAGGCAGACACAAAGGAAUACGUAUGUGGGUGGGGCGAACCCAGACAUAUUGGCAAGGGCCGAAGAGGAGGGAUCGCCGGAGUGGUAUGUCAAGAAGGUCAUGGACAACUCGAUUACGAUAAAGCAGAUGUCUAGCUUGGAGAUCAGCUUGAGGACACAGCCGAUUGCAUGGGUUCGAGGGUUCAUUGAAGCACAGGGUCAAAUUGCGCUCACAAACGUCUUGGCCAAGAUCAACCGCAGAAAAGGGCAGGGACCAGCACCACCACCAAGUGCGCUUGCGGCAAAGGCGGAGAAUGACGUAGAACGCGAGUACGAAAUCAUCAAGUGCUUAAAGGCGUUGAUGAACAACAAGUAUGGCGCGGACAAUGCGUUACAGCACCCUUCAAUCAUUCAGGCGCUCGCUGGAUCUUUGAUCUCCACACGACUGAACACAAGAAAGCUCGUCUCCGAUGUGUUGACCUUUCUAUGCCACUGGGGAGAUGGCGUCGGUCACGAAAAGGUCCUCCAGGCUCUCGACAGCCUCAAGGCGCAGUAUAAUGAGAACGGACGCUUCGAUGCAUGGAUGCGCAUUGUUGAGGUUACCGUGGAUGGACGCGGCAAGAUGGGUUCCAUGGUUGGCGCCUCAGACGAAGUCCGCAGCGGAGGCAUUGGUGUGGAAAAUCUGCUGAUGGAAUAUGCGAUCGCCACGCUCUUCCUCAUCAACAUGAUUGUGGAUGCUCCAGAGCGGGACCUGCAGCUGAGGAUGCAUAUUCGAGCCCAGUUCACAGGAUGUGGUAUCAAGCGCAUCUUUAAGAAGAUGGAGGGCUUCCAGUACGAGGUCAUUGACAAGCAGAUCGAGCGAUACAUGGGCAAUGAGGCCAUCGACUAUGAAGACUACCUCGAGCGAGAGAACAGCUCAAUGGUGGAUAGCAUCGAGGGCGAAGUCAAGGAUCUCAAUGACCCAACGCAGAUUGCGGAUGCCAUCUUGAGCAAGAUCGGUGGAAGCCGGGCGCAGGACUACUUUGUGUCUGCAAUGCAGCAUCUGCUUAUCAUCCGGGACACCGACGGGGAAGAUCGGCUCAGGAUGUUCCAGCUCGUGGAUGCGAUGCUCAGCUACGUAGCAAUGGACCGCCGGCUACCGGAUAUGGACCUGAAGCAGAGCUUGAACUUUACGGUCCAGUCUUUGCUCGACAAGCUGUACACCGACUCCGAAGCCCGGCAAGUGCGAGACGAAGCGAUUGAAGCACGCCAAAUCGCCGACUCGGCUAUUGCAGAACGCGAUGAAAUGAAGGCGCAGCUUGAGCUCGGUGCAGAUGGCAUGGUACAGAAACUUCAGAAACAGCUAGCAGAGCAAGAACGCAUCAUCGAAGUCCGCGGCAGGCAGAUCGAGCAAAUGAAAGCUGAACUCGCUGAGAUCCAAAGAAUACGAGCGCAAGAGCUGCAACGGAAUGAGUUGGAGACGCGUGAGCUGUACUUGAUGCUAAGAGAUGCUCAAGACGUUGCGGCAUCUGCGGCCAAGAAGACCGGCAAGGAGGCACUCGGCGCGACUGACCCUACGCAAAUGGCGGGAAUUCUGGAUCGUGAACGCUUGAUGAACAGGCUCGAGAUUCAACUGCAAAGAGCGAAGACUCAGGCAACUCUUGAGGGCAAGAACCUUGCGCAGAUGCAGCCUAGCGAGAAGCUUAGGGAGCUAAGAGAGAAGAUGGAUGGUGCAAUGGGUGAAGUGCCCGAGAACUUCUCCGGAUUGGAUCCUAACUAUCUCGGGACUUCAAGAGCGAAGAGCGGUAUAGUCCGAAGAAAACCAGUUGGUGGCGACGUUGCAGACGAUGAGCCCAUGCCAGAAGUGCGAGAAGACGACGAAGACGACGCCAUCAUUGAGAAGCCGAGGCUCAUCCAGAUGCACAGGCCGAAGCUCAGCGCUACGCAAGCUACUGGCCUUCUUGAUGAAAUUACCGCCAAAGUCAAGCCGUACGAUAAGUACGGAGAUGAAGGUCCUGCGCAGGCCAGCCUUGAAUCUGGUGAAGCCAAUGCCGCUGCGCCGAAGCCCCCUGGGGUUAUUCCUCCACCUCCUCCGCCCCCCCCUGGUCAGCUUGGAUUUCCUACUAAUAUACCUCCCCCGCCGCCUAUGCCCGGCUCUAAUGCUAAUGGACCACCUCCACCGCCACCGCCUCCCCCUCCAGGCCAGCUCGGAUUCCCUGCUGCUCCCGGUAUCCCUCCGCCACCUCCUAUGCCCGGCCAGGUCGAUGGCAGCAUGCCUCCUCCACCGCCUCCCCCUCCUCCGCCACCAAUGCCCGGCGCAAAACGUCCAGGAUUUCUACCGAAGUCUGCUUUCAAUGUAGCACCAUCUCUCACGAUGACCGGACCACGACCGAAGAAGAAGCUCAAGGCACUACAUUGGGACAAGGUCGAUGCGCCUCAGAGCACAGUAUGGGCCGCUCACGGUUUGACCUCCGAGGAGAAGGAAGAGAAGUAUCGGGAGCUGUCGAAAAAGGGUGUCCUGGACGAAGUCGAGAAGCUCUUCCUGGCAAAGGAAAUCAAAGCCAUCGGCAAGAAGUCAUCCAAGAAAGAUGAGAAGAAGCAGAUUAUCUCCCGCGAUCUCAUGCAGAAUUUCCAGAUCUCCAUGGCCAAGUACUCUCAGUAUUCGGCUGAUGAGGUCGUGCGCAUGAUCAUCCACUGUGAUAAGAAGAUAUUGGAUGAUCCAGUUGUUAUGGAGUUCCUGCAGAAGAACGAUCUUUGCGAUAUCCCGGACAAUAUUGCGAAGCUUAUGGCGCCGUACUCCAAGGAUUGGACCGGACCGAAUGCGGGCGAAAGCAAGCGCGAGCAGGAUCCGAAUGAGCUUACAAGAGAGGACCAGAUCUAUCUGUACACCGCGUACGAGCUGCAUCACUAUUGGAAGAGUAGGAUGAGGGCGCUUUCGCUCACUCGCACUUUCGAACCAGAGUACGACGAGAUCUCCAACAAGCUUCUUGAAGUGUCUCGCGUGGCAGACAGCCUCAGAAGUUCGUCUAGCUUGAUCAGCGUCCUAGGCCUGAUCCUCGACAUUGGUAACUUCAUGAACGACGCCAACAAGCAGGCGAACGGCUUCAAGCUCUCAACACUCUCCCGUCUCGGCAUGCUCAAAGACGACAAGAACCAAUCAACCUUCGCCGACCUCGUUGAGCGCAUAGUCCGCAAUCAGUACCCCGGCUGGGAGACCUUCACCGAAGAAAUCGGCGGCGUCGUCACCGCGCAGAAGAUCAACGUCGAACAACUACAAACCGAUGCCAAAAAGUACAUUGAGAACAUCAAGAAUAUACAAAUGUCGCUCGACUCAGGUAACCUCUCCGAUCCAAGCAAGUUCCAUCCCGAAGAUAAGGUGGCGAUUGUCGUACAAAGGAGUAUGAAGGAGGCACGAAGGAAGGCCGAGCAGUUGCAAGUCUUCCUGGAGGAUAUGCAGAAGAUGUACGAUGAUAUUAUGGCGUUCUAUGGCGAGGAUCCGCAGGACGACAGCGCGAGGAGGGACUUCUUUGCUAAGCUGGCAAAUUUCGUCGUCGAGUGGAAGAAAUCUAGAGAAAAGAACAUCCAACUCGAAGAAACCCACCGCCGCAACGAAGCUUCGAUGCGCCGCAAAGCAGGCAACCUCAACCCCCUCUCCCCCGCCGCGCUCUCCGACUCUUCCGACGGACCCAAGUCCCCCGCAAGCACCGGCGCCAUGGACGACCUCCUCCAGAAACUUCGUGCCGCCAAGCCCGAAGCACGAGACCAGCGCGACCGCCGCAGACGCGCCCGCCUCAAAGAUCGACAUCAAGUCCGCGUGGCCUCCGGUCAGAAGAUCCCCGAGCUGGGCGUCAAUAUUGCGGAUGAGGAGGGUGAAGGAGGAGACGACAAUGCGGCUGGUAAAAGUAUGCUGAGUCCGAGGAGCGAGGCCGGUGAAAGCGAGGCCGGUGCUGUCACUAGUCCUGUAGACCCGGCGGGCGGCGAUGUUGCGGAUCGGGCGGCGGCGAUGUUAGAAGGUCUCCAAGGCGGAUCGUCCCUAAACAAAGACGGUUCAUUAUCGGUGCGGCGGAGACGAGAGAACGCGGGCGACGAGCGCGAGAGACGGCGCAGAAGAAGACAGCAGGCUACCAGCACAGCGAGCAGUGCAAGGAGUGAGGAUGGCGGGUUGAUGAGCCCGACGGACACGAUACUCGAGGAGGACGAGCGAAGAGGAAGCGUGGUAUCCGGAGACGGGACGGAGAGCACGGGUGUAACAACGCCAGUCACAAUCGUCAGCCCGCCGUCACCAGACCAGAGCAGAAAGGAAGAGAGGGAACUGCCUACGCCGCCGCCGGAGUCAUGAUGUACCUUUUCUCUUUCUUUCUUUUCUUUUCUUUUCUUUUCUUUUGGAAUGCCGCAUCGUUUGGAGAGCAAGGGGCCGCCGCUGUACUGUUGUUGUAUGUACAGUACAAUCCGCACAGCUUCUUUUUUCGUUUCUCUUGUUUUUUUGAGUCGCUCUGUAAGCAAGCGCAUUUGGAGGGGAGCCUCUUUAGCAUAUCUUCAUGUUGUGAGCCUCUUCUGAGCUUCUUCCGUCUCCGCUUUCUGUUUCGCUUUCGUUUCUUGCAUGCAUGCACAGUGAGCACUGCCAGCGAGCGAGCGAAAGGAGGGGGGUUUUGUAUAUCAUGCUUGCGCUUGCCGCUUGCGUCUUGCGUAGUCUUGCCUUGGAAGCAUACCACAUGGAGUUAUUCGGCUGCAUAUCCGCGUACAUGUAUGGCAUUAGGAUAGGACGGGAGGGAGGGUGAAAAGAGGGGUGGUGCGAUAUGGGGAUAGGGUGAAUAUAUU